AUGACCACCAAGCCAAUGGCAACAACUCCCAUAAUGAUCACCAUGGUUACUCUCCUAAUAUCACUUCUCGAAUCAUCAUGUUCGACGACUAUGACACUUUCUCCCAACGAUAAUCGAGACCUUCGUGUCGCGAUGGAAGAGAUGCAGAAAGCUAACUACUUCACCUUUGUGAUGCUUCUCAAUAUGUCGCCGUUGGACACGAAAUUCCUUGCCAACAUCACUUUCUUGAUGCCGAACGACAGGAUGUUGUCGAAGACGGUGAUCCCCGAGAACGAAAUCCACGCCUUCUUGCAACGUCAUUCUAUCCCUUCUCAGUUGAUCUUCGAGCACCUUUUGUUUGUCCCGACCGGUUCGAUUCUCCCCAGUUCGUUGCCCGAAUACGCGAUGAAUGUCGUGAAUGGCGGUACCCGGAGAGGUUUUGUCCUCAACAACGUUAGAAUCAUCAGCCCGAAUAUAUGCACCGCGGGCUCUAUCCGGUGUCACGGAGUCGAUGGGGUGUUGAGUCCGGUGAGUAAUAUAAGUCUACAUACUUGCUCCAACAACGGAGGUUCCGUGGCACCGCUUUCCUCUCCGGCGGAUUCACUGCCGCCUUUGUCACCGCCGGCCGUCCCGUUACUUAAUCCCCUCGUUGUCGAUUUCAUGGCGCCUGCCCCACAACCAGCUGGCGGCAGCCCUGGGCGUUCACAAUUUUCAUGGGAUGAGAAAGUGUUUAAAGUGAUAAUUACUACUAUUUUGGUACCUCUAGUGAUUGGUGUUUCCAUUUGA